CCCAGAGGGGCGUGGCUUGUCCCAACCCGGUACUUUCAGUUUCAUUAUUAGAGUUAAAGUUAGAAAUAAAGAUGCUAAAGUUAAAGACUUGAUGAUAAAGACUGAGAAUCUCACUGAUCAUUAAAGGUCUUUCAGGAGUGGUGAUUCUCAGUAGAUCAUCUAGAUGGCAUUUCUCUGUGAUCCAGAUAUGAAGUUUCAGCAGAUGCUGUUAAGAGUACAGGAGUCUCUCGGGGACGAUGAUCUGCAGGAUCUGCUGUUCCUCUGCUCAGAUCUUGUCAGUCUAAAAGAGCUCAGUGAGGCGUCUACAGCCACAGACCUCUUCAGUUGUCUUCAAACCAGAGAGCUGCUGUCACCCGAUGAUCCAUCUCUGCUUCUGGAGCUACUCACUAUCAUGAAACAAAACAAUCUGAUUCGGAAACUGGGUUUAGAUGGAUGUAUUGAUAACAACGGCACAAUCUAUAGACGAAUCUCAGCGUACAGACUGUUGUUGUUUGAGCUGUCACAAUCCAUCUGUGAUCAGGACCUGAAAAAGAUCAAGUUCAUGUUGGGUCAAACACUACCACGCAAAAAACUGGAGCGAGAGACGACACUGUUGCAGUUGUUUUGGGAGCUGGAGAAGGAAGACCAUCUGGAUGAAAAUAAUGUAGAUAUUCUGCAGGAAGUUAUAGGAAACGUCUAUCCUGCUUUAGAAAAAAGAAUUGUUCAAUAUAAAGAAGAGGCUACAUGUGAAACAUUCAUUGCUCAGGAGACUGAGGAUAAUUUGUCCACGUCAGUUCAGCCUUUAUCGGUGACAUCACUCUCAUUAGAUGAAAUGAUGGAGGAUCAGGUGGACAGACUCGAUCUAACUGAAGAUCAGAGCCAGAGUUUGGACAUUACCUCAGGGAUUUCAAAUGAGAGUUCACAUGUAUGUGUUUCUGAUACUCCAGAGAUUCCUCAAUAUAAGAUGGAGGGUGAAAAAAGGGGGAUAUGUUUAAUAAUCAACAACUGUAACUUCACCAGCAUGCAGAAAAGAGAAGGAACAGACAUUGACAAAGAGAGUUUGACGGCUGUAUUCCAGUGGCUGGGCUUUGAAGUCUGGACAGAACAGGACUGUGAUAAGAAACAAAUGCUGGAGGUCUUAAAGGAUCUGGCCGGUCGUGAUCACACUGGGGCGGAUUGCGUGGUCUGUUGUGUGCUUACCCACGGAUGUGUGGACGGAGUAUUUGGGAAAGAUGGAGAGAAAGUCACAUUUAGAGAGCUGAAGGAGCCGCUACAGUGUUCUUCCCUCUUACAGAAACCCAAACUGUUCUUCAUCCAAGCCUGCAGGGGAACCAGAGAGCAGAGACCGGUGUGGCCAGAGAAUAACAGAGCCGAUGAAAUGACAUUCAGUGAUGCUGCUGUACCCACAGACUCCAUACCUGAGGCCGCAGACUUCUUGUUAGCCAUGUCCACAGUACCUGACCAUGUGUCCCUCAGAGAGAAAACUAAAGGAACCUGGUUUAUACAAGCUCUCUGUCACAACCUGAAACAGCUGGUGCCAAGGGGUGUGGAUCUGCUGUCUAUCCUGACACAAGUGAACAAUGAUGUGAGCAGAAAAACCGACCCCACUGGUACAAGGAAGCAGAUGCCACAACCAGAGUUUACUCUUACUAAGAGAGUUGUUUUUCCUAUCCCUAAAACCAAUCCACCUCAAUAAUCACAUACUGCUGACAGUGUAAACCAAUAUACUUGAUGUUUAUCCGAAAAAAUGUUUACAUGGACGAUCUGUGCAAAUGAUAAAGUUUUUUACAUGUUUGAAAGAGGGAAGAUGACAAUUUAUGUUAUCCAAAUCCUAUACUGUAGCUAACACAGUGUCCUAACCAGAUCUGGUAGAUGUUUCCAUGUUGAGUUUUUUUUAACCAGGUGCAAUGCGAUUCCACGUCGAGCGGCAGUGGAUUUAUUUUAGAUCAAUUAACUCUUUCACUGCCAGCGUUUUUUUAAAAAGUUGCCAGCCAGUGCCAGCGUUUUUCAUGAUUUUCACCAAUGUUUAAUGCCUUCCAGAAAAUGUUCUUCUUUAAAUAUAUAAACAUACAAUAUACCAAAUGAAAGAACAGACCCUCUGCUUUCAAACAAAAAAAACGUUUCAUCCUACCUUCAGUGGUUCUUUUGUAAUCAGCUUUUGAAUAUGGGUAGGUUUCUGCAAAAACACCACAUUUUGAGCAAAAAGCAGAGAUAAUUCCAUUUUUGUGACGGACUUUUCAUAGAGAUCCCAUUCAGAGCGAUCUUUAAAACAAACACGGACAUGCAGCCAUUUGCCAUAGGGCAAUACUUCUGGGUUUAAAAAGUUGCGGAAGUAUCCACCUGGUGGAUAAUAGCGGUAUUGCGGAAAGACGGAAAAUCUCGUAAUUGGCGGGGAAGCGUUUUCUCUUAAUUGACGAGAUAUCUCGUCAAUGGCGGUGAAAGAUUUACAGUUCUGCUCAUUAAUAAUAUGAAUCAUCAAACAUAGACGAUGAGAGACCAAAAUAUACACGAAAUCCCUCAAGUUGCACAAGGAAAGCCAUAACAAGCAGAGGGAUGAGUGUGUUUGUGUGCGCGCUCUUCAGAUGAAGCGCGAGAGGGUGGCGCACACACCAAGAUGAACGUUCUGAUUUACUGAAAUUUCGUAAUUAUGCAUUGUGUCACGCCCCCUUUUCGUGUUCGGUUCGGACAAAUUGCCUGUCGCUGGAAUUAUAUGGCAUCGCAUCUGGUUAGGACACAGUGUAAAGCUUUUUUUAUGUUUUUUAUGAAAUAUUUUAAGACACUUUGUGAUUCAACACAAGACAUUUUAUUCAAUAAAUAACUUACACAAUGAAUGUUUUCUGUUCAAAAGAUAAAUUUUAUGACCAUCUCAAACAGUCAACAUCAAGUAAUGAUAUUAAUUAUAAAUUCACAUAAAAACUCAAAAAUGUAUUUUUAAAGUGCAUAUACUGUAGCAGUUACACAUGGGCCGGUUACCGGUUUCAAGGCACUGAGGUUUUAAAGAGUCAAGCUUUCAAAACUACUGAAAUUUGGUAUAAUAACGUUUCCAAGAUAUGAGCUGUGUUUACACAAAAUUAAUUUAAUCAUUAAGUUAUGUCACUGAUUUGAUAUAUUGCAAAAAUAUUUUUUGAAUACAUGCUGUAUCUUGCUGAAAAAUAAAAUUUAUUGUAUCCAGUUGAAAA